CCCCACCUGCCCCCCAGCAACAGCAAAAACUACACAUCUGGCAGUAGAAUCCUCCAAGCUGAGCAAAGAGAACAAGCCAUGCUCCUUAGAAUGGAAGACAGCUGUACUGUGUAUUGCUAUUGAGCUAACUUAAUACUAUUGAAGAGCCAACAGUUCUGGGGCAGGAGAUGCAGACUUGAUCUGAGCUAAGGCCAAUAUCAAGGAGACAAAGUAAUUGUAAUCCAAGAAAAAUGUUAAGACUGACUCUUCCAAUGUAUCUGCCCUUGUGAACAAUCUGGAGGGAGAAGAAUGGAAGAACCAAACCCAGCAAAUCUUGAAUCAGGGGAAGGGGCAAGAAAAUACUGGGCCAUUCAGAAUGGGAAAAUCAAUGAGUUCUUAAGAUGGGCCUCACCGCAGCACAGUAGGGAUGAGAGACAGGAGGGAACGCCCCUCCAUGGAAAACUCCAGAGGCAAGGACUUCUAAAAACAGUAAAUACCUCUCACUCAGGCUGGGCAAAUUCUCAGUUGCCAGAGUUGCCGCCCUGGGGUGAGCUGUCUGCAUUUGCGCAGGUGGUUGAUGCUUACCAAUGGCCACGAAGCCAGGGUAUGGCCAAACUCAUGCCAAAUCUCAAUGGAGAAACCCAGCAGGCCUUUAAGAUUCUUGAAGCCAAACAAAGGGGCAAUUGUAGAAAGGUGAAGGUUCCCAUUCUACAGGGAGAGUCUACAAAUGUGGAGUUGCAGUGCCAGUACUUCCGGCAGUUCCAAUUCCUGGAAGCCAAGGGGCCCCAUGAAGCUUGUAGCCGCUUAUGGGAAUUAUGCCAUCGGUGGUUGGAGCCUGAGAGCCGGACAAAGGAGCAGAUCCCGGAAUUGCUGAUCUUGGAGCAAUUCUUGACAAUCCUGCCAAAGGAAAUCCAACACCAAGUUCAAGAAUGUGGGCCAGAGACCUGUGCCCAGGCUGUGGCCUUAGUGGAGGGUUUUUUGCUAAGGCAGCAAGAGGAGGGGAAACAGGUAAGGGGGACAAUCCAAACAAGAAUCACCAGUUGUUCCAAGGCACAAAGACCUCCAGCAUGCAUCAGGCCAAAGCACAUCUAUAAGGAAGCCAGGCAGCAAGAGAAUGAGAAUGCUGGCAUAUUGGGUGCCAAGUUUUUUGGAAGAGUUAGGCAGUAUUUCCAGUGCCUGGAUUGUGGGAAAAGGUUUCAGGGAGAGGAAGAACUCCGAGCUCACGGCGGCAUUCACAGGAAGGACAGACCUCAUGCCUGUGCCCAGUGUGGAAAACGGUUCACCUGCCCAUCGGGCCUAGCCAAGCACUUGAAAAUGCAUUCAGGGGACAAGCCCUAUCACUGUGGCCAGUGCCCCAAGAGCUUCUUUCAGAUGUCCCACCUCGCUAGGCAUCAGAGAAUCCACACUGGGGAGAAGCCCCACCCCUGUGCAGAAUGUGGCAAGCGCUUCAAUUGUCCAUCAGACCUAGCCAAGCACCAGCACAUCCACACCGGAGAGAAACCCUUCCUCUGUGCUGAGUGCGGAGCAAAGUUUAACCAGUUCUCGCACCUCACAAGGCAUCAGAGGGUUCACACCAGUGAGAAACCUCAUGCCUGCACUGUGUGUGGGGAAACCUUUAGCCAGCGGGCCCAUCUGAUCAGCCACCAGAGAAUCCACAUGGGAGAAAGACCUUAUCACUGCACGUCUUGCCAGAAAUGUUUCAGUCAUCUCUCAGCGCUCACAGUGCACAAGAGGAUCCACAUGGGCCAACGGCCUUAUGGAUGCCCCGAAUGUGGAAAAAGGUUCAUUGCUUCCUCUGCUUUAACAAGGCACCAGAGGACCCACUCAGAAGAAAGGCCCCACCCCUGUGAUGAGUGUGGCAGGAGAUUUAACCAGCUCUCUCACCUUCACAGACACCGGCAGACCCACUUGGGUGAGAGACCUCACAGCUGCACUGAGUGUGGGGAAAGAUUCAACCAGCUCUCCUCUCUCACCAGGCAUCAGAAAAUCCACACAGGAGAGAAACCUUAUUCUUGUGAUGAGUGCAAUAGGAGGUUCAUUCGGCUGGCUGACCUCAUCAUCCAUCAAAGAAUCCAUAGAGGGGAAAAACCAUAUUGCUGCACCGAGUGUGGGAAGAGAUUCCAGCAGAGACAGACACUGGUCAAGCAUCAAAGACUUCACCCAAUAGCAAAUUCGUAAUAGCAGAGCAAGGAAAAGCCUUCCUGCCAUUGGAUUUAUCUGUAGGAAAUGAAUAUUUGCAGUCUUUGAAAUUCAGAAAGGGUGAGGGGAAAGAUCUAAUUUCAAAGAUCUAAUUCCAAUAUCCUCAUUUAUCCUAUCACCCUGUUUCUCCUAUCCACUGCCUCUCUACUGUUAUCAACAGGACUUUUUUUUUUUGCAAUUGUUCUAGUUUUUUUUUUAACUUAGAACCUUCCAGUGAAAUAUAGGUUUCCAGACCCAUAAAGGUGACACACUUAUCCCAUUCUCUUUCUUUUCCAUCCACUUUAUAUCACAAAAGGCCAGUGUUGAUUAUCCAUUAUUUUUGAUCAAGAGCCAUUAGUUGGAGGUGGAAGCUAUUGGGGUUGCUUCCUGUCCAGUGACAUGAGAACCUUUUUAUCACAUCAAAGAUAAGUUGUUGACAUGAUGAUGAUGACAAUGAUACUUUGCUGGUGAGAAGGUUGGACUCUUCCUUGAAGAAUCUACUGAAGAACUAGGUAAAUAAGGAUGAAAGAGGCUGGGUUUCCUGAGCUGUUUUCUGUAAUGUUUCUUUGUCAUUACAUUGGGUCUUCCUGUUUGUGAAUCCUAUUUUGUCCCCUGAUCUUUCUUCCCCAUUAACAUUGUGCAUUAAACAGUGCUUCAUCUCAGUUGCUGUUCCUCAGAGUACAGUAUGUUGAUACCAAGCAAAUCAAGAUGGAAUUUGUAUGAUUCUAAUUAGUCACCUUAUGAAGGUAUGAAGUUAUGAAACAGCCUUAUGAGUUGGCAGUGUAAUGAGGUGGGUCAAUCAUUAUCCCUAUUUUUCCAAAAUAGGGACUGAAAGAGGGCUAUUGAUACAUCUGAGGUCAGAAAUCUGUGAUGGAAUAGAAAGCUGAAAGCAGGACUUUCCAAAAUAAUAAUAAUAAUUAUUAUUAUUAUUAUUAUUAUUGGUUCACAUUAGCUUUUCUUUCAUCAUUUCCUUAACUCCUUUAGCAGAAGUAAAAAGUAGAAGGAAGGACUUCCAGAACGCUCCAGUGUUCACUGGUUUUGACUUCCAGCCUUACUGUGUGGGACACUUAUUUUCAUUCCCCAGAUGACAAACCAUGGCGGAGAAAAAAAUUGUUUGCUCCAGUCCACUCCAGUAAGACACAGCAAAGGAAGAACAUGAACUCAAGUUAGUCUUGCCUGCUUAGUUACAUUCUCUCAGCCAGCUUGGUGGCUUUCCUGGCAUAUUUUCCAAUGACGGUCUUUAUUCCUAAAGACAGGAUAAUGGAAUUUCAGCGCAGUAAAAGGCCACAUGCUAACCAGCAACAUGUGUCUGCCUGUUUGAAGAAGAAAAUGAUCUACCUUCUGCUAUGCCUCCCACCUAAACACAUUCAAUUCUUACUGGUCUUGGAUUAAGCUCUUGUGGGUCAUAGCUAGUUUAGUAUUCAAAUGGGAGAACUUCAGUUUAUCAAGUGAGUGCUCUGCCAGUUACAGAGUUUUUGAUCUCUCUUAGCCAAUAGCCUGCUGUUGUGUGUGCCUCCAAGGCUGGUAGUACUUGUUUUAUGUUGAUAGAGAAAUGGAGAAUGGUGCUGGAAAACCAUAUACUUCCUGUUUCCUCAUCCUUGUUGAUCAUGCCAGUCUUGAGAAUGCUUGAAAAACUGCCCAUUGGUAACACCAGAAAUUCUAAGCUUUCUAUUUCCCAGCUGUUUCUAAAAUCUCAGGGUGAAAAGUGAAACAUGAAACUCUUUAAGAGUUGUAGGAUCUGUUGCUUGUGAAAAGAAAUAGUGACUAGUAACUUCUAGGAACUUUCCCUUGGAUGUGUAGGGACUCCUGAUGGUAGAGGCCUAUUUUUUUUGUUGAUGUUGUUCUACCUUUGAGGAUUCCUUCUAUUCUUUGGAGAACAAUGUAAUUGUUACUGAGAUGCUUCUCCUCAGCAUCUUCUGUAAUCUGGUUUCCAGAUUAGGGAUAACUUUUCCCAAUAUAUUUGAGCAGCAAUCCAAUUAGAAGUUUAUUAGUGGCAUUUGAGGGGAUGGUUUUGAUUUCUGGAACUGAGAAUAGUGCUUCAGUCUGAAAUGCUUCAUCACCAGUUAGCAUGCAAGGCCAAGGUAUGCUUAAAGAUAUCUAUAACAAUGUUUAGUAAACAGCUGGAAAAGAGAGAAGCUGAAAGCAGUUAAGAGUUGCAUGGAAAGGGAAAUGGAGACAAACUUGAAGUAUUAUAUGAGAUAAAGACUGAAAUGCCUUGCACGUACGCAGAGUCCAAACAAAAACUGACUGUGUUAGAAGUAAAACAUAACUUGUAGCACUUCUGUGCUAUGAUUUAUUAAAGUACUUGCUUGAUAAA